AUGCUCUGCAACAAAGCCCUCCACCGCAGCCAUGGCAUCACCGCCGCAGCCGCGUACACACGCGUGGCCUCUCGGACCCUGAUGACCGCUGCGCCGCGGAAGUCUCGGCCGACUUGUAUGGCCUACGGUGCUACGUCGGUGAGCGUCUUUUCUGCUCGGCGACGUGGCCUCGCGACGCACGCCACAAGCGAGCCGCAAAACAUCGCCGUCAUUGGCGGUGGCAUUACAGGCCUGACGACGGCACACUUCCUUGCCAAGUCGGUGCCUGUCGGCACUAAGAUCACCGUCUAUGAGGCGAGUGAUCGCAUCGGUGGCUGGCUAGACACUCAAAAGGUCGAGUUUGAGCAGAAUGGUCAGAAGAGCGUCGUGCAGUUUGAGCGCGGCCCUCGCACUCUGCGGAGCUAUGCCCGGGACACCUGGAAAAUGGAUGACCUGGUGCUCUUCACUCUGCUCAACGACCUCGACAUCAUGCCCAGCUUCAGGCCAGGCGGCACGCGCUAUGUCCGCAUUGAUGGCAACAUCACCGCCGUCACGCCGAAGAACAUGAUCAAGCUUCUCUGGAAGCCCAUGCUCAGGGGAUUCUGGCGUAUGAAGCGCAACCGUCUCGGCACCUUCGCGGACCGCUCUGAUCAGCGUCUCCCCAAGGACAUGUCUGUCGGCGAAUUCCUCCGCAUGGCGGCGGGCGAGUCUCGCACCGUCGACCAGUUCGCCUCGGCUGUGUUGCACGGUAUAUGGGGCGGCGACAUUGACCGGCUGUCCAUGCAGUCUGUCAUGCCCAAGCCCUGGCACAACUACUGGCUGAAAGAGCCUCUUCCGCACCUAGCUCAUCUUCCCGCGCAUGAACUCGCUCUGGUGACGCAGCUUCUCACCGAAGAGGUCCGCGACAUGGUCAAGCUGAGCCACCAAGGAGCGUUGAUCGCCUUCCCCGAGGGCAUGGGUUCUAUUCCCAAGGCGAUCGCCAAGAGCCUGCAGGACAAGCCCAAUGUCGAGAUAAAGCUGGGUCAAUCCAUCAGCAAGGUGGAAUUCGACUCAGCUGCCCGCAAGGUCAUGCUCUCCACUGCCGAUGGGGCCUCGCCCGCGGCGUACGACAAGGUCAUCUCCACCAUCAACAGCAAGCACCUCUUCAGGCUUGCGCCCAAGCACCUCCCCGCUGCUCGCCCGUUUGACGAGCCGAACGGCACCAAGAUGUUCGUGCUCAUGAAGGGCACGUACGCCGAGGAGGACGCGAAGGCCAAGGUGCGCGAGAUCCUCCAUGAUCACCUCGGCAUCGACCCGGAUGAGCGGUGCAUCAUGCUCGCGCGCACCAACAAGGACUGCAUCCCGCAGCACCACGUCGGGCACCGCGAGCUCAUGGCGCGCGCCGACGGCGAGCUGUCGGCUGCGUUCAACGGCCAGCUUGCCGUGGCUGGGCCUUCGUACUCGGCAGUCGGCGUCGUGGGGUCGAUGCGCUCGGGGUACGACAUGGCCACGCAGGUGACGGACCCUGGGAAAGGCCGCGGUCGGCGACACGGGUCUCGCUCGCUUCCGAGGAGACGAGAAGCUGCAAGCCGUCGACCGGCACGGGCUGCAGGGGGUCGGCAGGCUGAUCCCUGA